AACUACAUCAGCUGUCAACGACAGUGGACAGACCAUUGGGACAGACCUAACGUCAAUUGUCAUUGCUUGUCAGGUGAUAUUUUGUCAACUGUGAAUUUCGGUGAAAACUACAGAAACAUCACAAAACCUUUAUAUUUCGUACAGUUAAACAGUGAUUAACUAACGUAUAUCGUUAAAUAUUGACCUCUCAUUGUUAACAAUGCGCGUAUUAUAAUAAGUUUACUUAAAGAAAUGGAUCAGGACAGCACGGAUUCGUCGAGUUCGCCGUCGAAUAAUGGUAGCGACUGCGUUGACUUCGAACUGGAGCUACCGACAUGGAGCCUAGAGCAGUUGAAGAAGGCCGCCAUACAACUAAGAUUGAUGCGCCCGCGCAGCCUCGCCUGGGCGAUACUGUUAAACGCGCUGCCCCCUCUCAACGGCGAUAUUAUUACAAGCAUAAAAACUCACAGGAACUUUUACAACGAUUUAAAAUUGAAACUGUCAAUGGAUCCUCGAACUGUUAUUGGUGACGACCCUCUCUCGCAAAACGAUGAGAGCGUGUGGAAACAACACUUCUGUGAUAAUGAGCUGAAGACGUUAAUACUACAAGACGUGGUGCGGACAUUCCCAGACGAACUGUAUUUUAGAGAUAAGGAUGUACAGGACACUAUGGUGCGGGUUUUGUUCUUCUGGGCCCGGUCACACUCGAAUGUGGGGUACCGGCAGGGCAUGCAUGAAGUACUAGCGCCGCUACUCUUCGAACUGUACUUAGAUAGGAAAUUCGCACCUAAUGAUAUUAGUGACAAAUUAAAGAUAAUAUUAGAUGAAGAAUAUUUGGAACAUGACAGUUUUAUGUUAUUCAGUGCGGUAUUGAAGGGGUUGGAGAAGUUCUACGUGACGGGAGAGGUGGCGCCCUCUGCCACCGGCCGCAUGCCCUCAGCUAGAACGAUACAUAAUCCAAAUGAAGUGAUCAAAUAUUUAGAAAGAGUGAAAGUGGAUUAUUUAUUGCCCAUAGACUACGAGCUAGUGUCGUUUUUAGACCAGUGCAAUAUAUCUAUGGAACUUUUCGGAAUUCGAUGGCUCCGGUUACUUUUCGGCCGGGAGUUCCCCCGUUCAGAAUUACCCCACUUAUGGGGUUUCCUCUUUUGUGAUGGGCCGAUGUUACCAAACUUGCAUUACGUCAUCGUUGCCAUGUUGGUGUCAAUAAGGAACACAUUGCUGUCGGCGGGCGGCGGCGGCGCGCUGUGUGCGCUGAUGCGGCCGCUGUGGCUGUCGGCGGCGCACGUGGCGGCACUAGCGCUGCACCUGCGCGCGCCGCACGACCACCACGCC